CCCGGCCAGUGCCUCCCACCCGGCGGGCACCCGUCCCUGGGGGCUUCCAGGCCGGAUCCCACCCCGGGGCCCUUCGCCGGGGCUGGAGGGGCCGCGGGGCAGGGGGGCUCGGCUGGCAAGGGCAGCGUUUGGCAGGAGCUCCGGCCCUGCUUGCGGCAGGCCGGGAUUGCCACCGGCCCCCCCCUUCGCCAACCGGUGCUUAUUUAUUUGGAGAGGGAGGUGGAAACGUGCUGACCGCGUCCGCCGGCGGCGAGGGGCUCCGGUCUGGACAGAACCGGCUCGGGUGGAAAACAGCUCCCCAACCCCGGCCAGAGCGGCGGCGACGGCAGGAAGGCAGCAGGGAGGGCAAGCGGGACCCCCCCAGCCCCAGGUACGGCCCCCCCCCCGGGUCCAGGUACGGCUCUCGCCUUCCCGAGGUGAGCCACCGCGGCUGGCCGAGCAGGAGCUGCCACGGAGCCGGGGUUCAGUCGGCCAUACCGCCGUGCCAGCCCUGCCGCCGUGCCAGCCACGCCAGCACCCGGCCCUGCGGCUCCGUAGGAAAGGGUCCCUGGACGCCCCGCUCGGCGCCCGCACCACGGUGCAGGAUGGGUGCUGUGGCGGUGCCGCCGGCGGCCGCCUGCAUCCUGCUGGCCCUGCUCCCUGUGGCCGGCGGACAGACCACCCCUCCCUCCGGCUGCAGCAAGGACCUCUCCUCCCUCUACUACAACCUCUGCGACCUCUCGGCGGCCUGGGGCAUCGUGGUGGAGGCCGUGGCCAGCCUCGGCGUGGUGACCAGCUUCGUGCUCACCAUCGUCCUGGUGGCCAGCCUGCCCUUCGUGCAGGACCCCCAGAAGAAGAGCCUGGUGGCCACGCAGGUCUUCUUUCUUCUGGGCACCUUCGGGCUCUUCUGCCUGACGUUCGACUUCAUCGUGGGGCCGGAUUUCUCCACCUGCACCUCCCGCCGCUUCCUCUUCGGCGUUCUCUUCGGCAUCUGCUUCUCCUGCCUGCUGGCACACGCCGUGGCCCUCAACUUCUUGGUGCGGAGGAACCGGGGCCCGCGGGGCUGGGUGACGCUGGCGGUGGCCCUGCUCCUCGCCUUGGUGGAGGUCAUCAUCAACGCCGAGUGGCUCAUCAUCACGGUGGCGCGGCAGGAGGGUGGCUCCCCGGACCCUUGCCGGCUGGAGGACGCUGACUUCGUCAUGGCGCUCAUCUACGUCAUGUUCCUGCUGGUGGCCGCCUUCGGCACCGCCUGGCCAGCCCUCUGCGGCCGCUACGGCCGCUGGCGCAAGCACGGCGCCUUCAUCCUGGCCACCACCGGCCUCUCCGUGGCCAUUUGGGUGGCGUGGACGGCGAUGUACCUCUAUGGGAACCAGCAAGUGGGCGAGAAGCCCGGCUGGGAUGACCCCACGCUGGCCAUCGCGCUGGUCUCCAACGCCUGCGCCUUCCUCCUCCUCUACGUCAUCCCCGAGGUGACGCACGUGACGCGGCGGGGACCCGAGCAAGCCUUCGAGGAUGACGUCUACCCCACGCGUGGGGUGGGCUACGAGACCAUCCUCAAGGAGCAGAAGUCGCAGAGCAUGUUUGUGGAGAACAAAGCCUUCUCCAUGGACGAGCCCUCCUUCGCCAAGAAGCCGGUGUCCCCGUACAGUGGCUACAAUGGCCAGCUGCUGACCAGCGUCUACCAGCCCACCGAGAUGGCUCUGAUGCACAAGGGUCCGACCGAAGGUCCCUAUGACGUGAUCCUGCCCCGCGCCUCCACCGCCAGCCCGGCGGCCGGCAGCGCCAGCUCCACGCUGCGAGCCGAGGACGCCUUCGCGGCGCAGGCCCGGCACGCCGGCGCCCAGUGGGACGGCAGGAGCUGCCAGGUGCAGUCCCCGUACGGCAGGAACCGGUGGUGAAGCCCCCGUGGCACGGGUCCUGCAGCGCCGGCACAGCCGCGGCCCCGCUGUCCCGCUCCUGAGGUCUCGCCAAGCCUCCUCCCGCCCCGCCGCGUACAUCCCACCCCGUCCAGCGGCCGGAGCCGGUUCCUGCGUGGGGGACGCCCGGACACGGUCCUGGAGCCACGCUCCUGCCUGCCCGUCCCGCCUGGCCGCAGCACCCGCAAGCUGCCAGCUCUGCCCGGACCCCCGCAUCCCUGCCGCUGUCCCUGCCGCAAGGACCGGCUCCCGCGGGGUCACCCCGAGUCGUCCCCUCGCUGCCUUCGUGAAGCACGGACACCCUGUCCCCCCUGGGCCAGGGACCAUCUGCUGCCGGGGAGCCGGUGGGACUCCUGCCCGGGGCUGCCCCCCAGCGCUGAGCCCCCAGUUCCAUGCUGAUCCUCGCCAGCCCCGGGGACGUCGCAGGCCCUGAGCCGAGUGGGCACCAUCCCGCUGCAGGGCACAAGGUGACACAAAGCUGUCCCCAGCUCUGGCUCCCGCUGUGCCUCAGUUUCCCCAUUGCUGGGGAAGGGGGGGGGGGCGCUGCUCGGGGUCUGGGGGAUCAGUGCCUUGCUGGGGCUGGGGAACCCGGCCCCCCGCAGCUCUGGCCGCCUUUUCGGUGCCUUCCCCCCUCGGGGCUCGGGGAACCCUCCCGGGGAGCAGGGAGGGAGCUGGGCCCCUCGCCCUCCUCGUGGCUUUCUCUGUUGUUCUUCCUCUUCCCCCUUUUUUUUCAGGUCAGCCCCAAUAAAGAUGUU